CGUCGGGAAAGUGAGACUUCGGCUAAUGUUAGUCAGUUUGCCCAAAGUUAGCCUGCGUCUACUCUUCUAAACGGAGGAAAGUUUAUUUCCACAUUGCGGUGGCAGCAAAAAGACGUUUUCCUGUGAGUUUUGGGGCUGCAGCUGCCACAGCCGCCAUCAUGUUCACCAAAAAGAAAAAGUCUCGGAUCCAGAUCUCCUCUCCAUCAAACUUUGAGCAUCGCGUACAUACCGACUUUGACGAGCAGGAGCAGAAGUUUGUGGGCUUGCCGCGACAAUGGCAGUCUCUCAUCGAAGACACUGCCAAAAGGCCCAAACCCUUCAUCGACGCGACGGUCAUCACAACUGUGGAGCCGCGCAAGACAAUUGUGCGUGGCAGCAAGCUGGGUGUGGACGGCUCUCUGACAUGGCUAUUGGAUGAGUUUGACGACAUGUCUGUGACACGCUCCAACUCCUUGCGACGAGGCAGCCCCCCCAUCCAUCCUCGCAAGGACUCAGGCUCUUCAGGGGGAGGGGGGCAGGAGAACGGAGAUCCUCACCACAGACACCACCCACACCCAGACAGACAAGACAGAGACCGACCCAGACCAGACCUCCAUCCGGGUGGAGGUGACCUUCGCCAGGGUCAGCGUGCACUCCGGCCUCCUCAGUGGGAGGAUGGAGGUCAGGGUCGUCCUCAGCAGCAGCCCCGGGGCCAAGAGCCCAGCCGUGCACACAGGGAUAGACCGGGCUCCGGGCCCCCUCCACCACCUCACAGAGACAGAGAGCAUCGGGACCGGGACCAGGGGGUUCAACCAAGUGACCAAAGGCCAAAGUCCAGCUACAUGGUGCGGGAUGGCAGCCCUCAGUCUCCCAGGGACAAAAGGCCUCUCUCUGGUCCUAACAUCCGCACACCUAACCUGCCAGUAUCAGAUGGGGUGAUGAAGACCACACAACAGAACACACGGCCGUUUAACACCUACCCCAGGACGGACAGUGAGGGUGGACGCAGCCCGACGGGACAGCCUGUUCGACACCAUGACUCUCCUCAGAACGGGCCCUCCAGUGGCUCCUCCCGAGGAUCCUCCAGCUCCAAGCCCCCUGUGAGCCACCCACACCCUCAUCACACAUCCCAUCCCAGCCUGACCCCUGAGGCCACCCAGCACCCUCACACCCCUCACCCAAGUGUUCCAGCCCCCCGACCCCCAGCACCAUCUGGGCCCCCAGCACCAGGUGCUCCUCCCCAGGGCCGCUCGCCCCAGAGGGAGCCCCAGAGGGUUUCUCACGAGCAGUUUAGAGCAGCGCUACAGAUGGUGGUGGAUCCUGGUGAUCCCAGGACCUACCUGGACCACUACAUCAAGAUAGGGGAGGGGUCCACUGGGAUCGUCUGUAUCGCCACGGUGAAGACCACCGGGAAGCUGGUAGCUGUGAAGAAGAUGGACCUGAGGAAACAACAGCGCAGAGAACUCCUCUUCAACGAGGUGGUGAUCAUGCGGGACUAUCACCAUGACAAUGUGGUGGAGAUGUACAACAGCUACCUGGUAGGAGACGAGCUCUGGGUCGUCAUGGAGUUCCUGGAAGGAGGAGCUCUCACUGACAUUGUGACACACACCAGGAUGAACGAGGAGCAGAUUGCCACGGUGUGUCUGUCUGUCCUGAAGGCGCUGUCUGUCCUCCACACACAGGGUGUGAUCCACAGAGACAUCAAGAGUGACUCCAUCCUCCUCACUCAUGAUGGCCGCGUGAAGCUGUCAGACUUUGGUUUCUGUGCCCAGGUGUCUAAAGAAGUGCAGAGAAGGAAGUCUCUGGUUGGAACGCCCUACUGGAUGGCACCAGAACUCAUAUCCAGACUGCCUUAUGGACCAGAGGUGGAUAUCUGGUCUCUGGGUAUCAUGGUGAUAGAGAUGGUGGACGGGGAGCCGCCGUACUUCAACGAGCCGCCGCUCAAAGCCAUGAAAAUGAUCCGAGACAACCUGCCUCCCAAACUGAAGAACCUGCACAAGGUCUCCCCUCUGCUCAAAGGCUUCCUGGACAAGACGUUAGUGCGGGACCCGGCUCAGAGGUCCUCGGCCAGUGAGCUUCUCAAACACCCGUUCCUGACCAAGGCGGGGCCCCCCUCCUGCAUCGUCCCUCUGAUGAGGCAGAACCGGAUGAGAUGAAACCUGUGACACACUCUGGAGGGCAGCGUGUGCAGGUUAAGAUGGAACAAAAUACUCCUGCACCUAGAGGGGGGCGACAGGGGCCACGGCUGAGAGCUGCAGAGAGUAAACUGGGUGUGCAGGAGUGUUCUUUUUUCCUUAUGUGAAUCACUGUCAACUGUAGGGGCGUACUCCUUCACCAAGAGGCAAUAAGGUGGUGUGUGUGUGUGUGUGUGUGUGUGUGUGUGUGUGUGUGUGUGUGUGUGUGUGUGUGUGUGUGUGUGUGUGUGUGUGUGUGUGUGUGUGUGUGUGUGUGUGUGUGUGUGUGUGUGUGUGUGUGUGUGUGUGUGUGUGUGUGUGUGUGUGUGUGUGUGUGUGUGUGUGUGUGUGUGUGUGUGUGUGUGUGUGUGUGUGUAAACAUGUUGGCAACACUGUUAAUGACAGUGUUUUAAAGAGUGCCACAAAUUGCCUGUCGAGUGAUUUGGAUCAGAUUCCAUUUAAACAUUUUGUUUUAAUGGAAGACCUGGAAAACACCUGUGGCUGUUCUUAAUUCUUCCAUUUGGACCAUACCUGGAUUUAAAGUGUGAAGGGGGGGGUUUUGCACACCUAUUGAAUGCUUUGAAGGAGCCGUGAGCCCAUGGCUGAUUUCAGGCAUUGGCGGGGCGACCUUUUAAUCUCAACAUUUGACGGUUCUGGAAGAUGACUUCUCUCACUUCAAGGACUUCUACCACGGACAGAUCCCAGACACUCUCCUCAUCACACCCAGAACUUACUACUGAGGGAGGACUUCUUCUGACUCGCACAGACUUUUUAGUAACCAUAUAAACACUAGCUUUUUGUUGUAAACAAGCAAACAUACACUAAGUCAAAAGGUAAACACUGGAGUUGUGGUUUUUUAACAAAUGAUUUUACUCUUAUUUCCUCCUUAUUUUCCUGUGUAAGUACAAUGAACAUAGAGAGAUAUCAGUUUUGAUGUUUUGCUAUCUCGUUUUCAUGAUUGUUUUAUUAUAAUUAUUAUUAUGAUUUGUUUCAUGGGUUAUUUUAGAGAAAGAUGUGAUGAUUUUUGAAGCACUGUCGGCGAGAGAUAGAAGCUGCACUCCGGUUGAUUCUAGCACUCAGACACUAGACUUCAUUUCUACACCCCUGACCAACCUUUACACAUUUUAUAGGCUUUUCCAUUUCCAACUAUUUCACCUGAAAGAGGUUUCCUCAUGCUCUAAUUUUUAGUCAGUCUGCGUUUGUUUGGAGCUGUUUUCAUUCUGUGGUUCACAUCCUCUGACAGUCGUUGCUCUCCUUUAACAAACGCAGAGCGGCUGCUGAUCAGUGCUCUCAUCGUGUUAUCCUAUUCAAUCAAUUCACAAUGAUUUCCUAGUUAAGGUAUCUGACAGCGUUCUUGAAUCACCUCAUAGUGCGAGGGCUUUAUUUAUAAACGGCAAAGGAAACUCUUCUAGUACUCGGCACAGAGAGAGUGUGAAGAUAUGCUUCUGUUUGCAUUUCAGUCUCUGUGCCUCGUGUUCUGUGACAGUGGACCAUCGGGCAGAUGACAGGAGUACUUAAGGCCCAAAAAGCUUUCAUGAAAAUCCAAUAUGAACACUAUAGCAACAACUGAAAUACAAAUGCGCAUAUGCAUGAGCUAAAAGAAUAAUCAGACCGGGGUCAUAGUUCUGCAGCAGUGAAAGGAAACCAUCUCUCAUGAGGACUUCCAGAUCAGUCACUGCAAAAUAAAUGGUUUUAAAUUCCAGCGGGCUGAGGACACUAAACAGAAAUGGAUUACACUUCAGGUCUGGUUUAAUGCCCUGUUUCACACUGUACCUUGUAGCAUUGGACUGUCACUUAUACAGACGACGGCUUCAUUGAUAAGGCUCUGCUAUAAUUCAUCCCUCUGAAGGUAGUUGGGCACAGAGAUGCACAUCCACACAUUCUCCUCUCUGGUGCUGUUUCCAUUCCUUCUUUGUAUUCUGUUGCAACUAAACAGGAGAGGGGGUUCAAUUAUCAGGAUGGCAUCGCACACUCGCUGGUGUCAUUAGCUACUCCACAUAGCCUACAUACACUGCGACACAUACAGCUGAAGGUAUGCACUAAUGAUAAAGCGCACGUUUAGUGUGCUCAUGCCCAAUGACUGUGAAGCCUUGUGCAAAUAACGAUAAAGAGGAUGUGUUCCGAGCUAGAACUUGUUUUCUCACAAUUUGGAUCAUUCUUGCAAAGCACAGCAAUGAUUAGAGAAGUCACUACACCUGAAACCUUAGUGAGACCUCCCUGGCAUGUAGCCUGGACUCGUGUCUUCUUGUAGCUUCCACUUCCUGAAACCUGCAUUCUUUUUACAUGAGCAGGUCUCUGAGCAGGUUGGUUUAUCAUCUCUUUCCAGUUUGUCACUGAAGAGAAAUUCCUGGUAGGUGUUUUGUACCCAGGCCGGAUAGCUGUACAUUUCAGCUGUUUUUCCGUCGUGUCAAUGAUUCAGAGAGUAGGAAACCUGCUGCCAUGCUUCGUGUUUCUAAUGAGAGACGUGAUGGCUUAGCUGUGUGGAGUGAUGAUUGACUGAAUUAAGGGUGCUCAAGGGAAUUCAGCAUGGCAUUUGGGAUUCUAGGAUAUGACACUUUCUCAUUUUAUAACAGCAUCUCAAAUUAGACCAUUAGAUCUGGACGUAUUGAUUCAUCACUCAAAUUUCAGAGUUUAAAUCUGCUGAACGCUGGUAACGGGAUCUGGCGAGCUUCCUGCUGUUCUUUUUGAGAGGAUGACAUAUUUAUAUAUUUGACAGCCUAUGAGAACCACUGAGACAAAAAUUAAUCAAAUCAUUUUGAGAAUAAGGUCAAACUGUAUAUUAUGAGGGGGAAAAUGUGUAUUUUUUGAGAAAUAAAGUAAUAUUUUGCUCACUAUUUUUAGAUGAAAAAAUGAGGUUACUUCAGGAACAAAAAGGAUUAGAUUUCUAUGUUUAAUUGUUUGGCUCUGCCUAAUUUUCACCUCAAUAUCUUAUUAUACUAAGGUACUCAUUUGGCACAAAGACACAGACCACUCUGACAUUUCUAUAUAUAUAUAUGUUGUCUUUUCCUCAUAGUAUUUCAAUUUAACCUCUAAAUAUUGAAACUUCUGUCAUCAAACAUUUCGCCUUUGUUUUCAGAUUUCCUACCUUGGCCCUGUGUUAUGUUUAUGUCCUUUAUAGUGUGUUAUGCAAGAGUUUUUUUCUGCCUUGUCCCACCUGCUUGUAGGUCAAGGUGUAAACAAACUCUGAUAUUUCUAAAUAUUUGUCCUGUUUAUCCCAUUCAGUCAUUUCUCUUUUGAUGACCACUGUGAAAUUCCUGAUGUGUUCUGGUGGAUGGUUGGGUAGACUGUAACUACACUUGCACGGCCCAGAUUCUACUGCUGUGUUUGUGUUGGAGGGUAUGUUUGUGUACAUGUUCAUGAUUUCUUGCCUUAACAUUUACAAACACUUCUUGCCGCAUGCUGGUGUUGACACUACGACUUUUAGAGACGGAGAGCAGAGACUUCCAUGAUGCUUCUUGUCAUCUCACAUAUCUGAAAAAAUCAAAUAAUUCGUAUCAGAAGUAAUGAGAAGAUCUUUCUGCUUGAUACAUCAAAAAAGCUCUCAUUGAAAUUCCUGCUGAGACCACUCCAGAUUUUCUUCUCACCUCCAUUUCCAGAGCUUCCAAUAGUUUUCAUUUACUUCACAAGUAGCCAGCUCAGUGCUGUGUUCAGGGUUCAGUGCCUUGCCUUGCGCCAUCUUGACCGCUAUUUUCGGGGAUUUUACAGUUCCAUGAAUAGUCUUGCUUGUUGGGAAACCCCCCAGCAACUGGUUUCCAUAGCGAUAGUGUGGUGACUGAGGCCCAUUGACCACUACUGACUGACCAGCCUGCGCUAUGAAAUAUGUGACAAAUGGGUAAUUGUCAUUGACUCGCCUUUCUGUUUGAACGCUGGUGUAGUGCAGUAUUGACAUAUCUUGCCAAACAUCCAAAUCCAACUGUUCCUGCUCCAUCUUGUUCUUGUAAAUUUCACUGGUAUUGUAAAAAAACAUAGACUACACUUUGCAAAUUGUGCUUUUUUUUUUUUAAUACAGAUUUUGUAAAAGUCG